AUGGAACCUUUGGCUUUUCUCCAGGUCUCCGCCACUCUCCUGCAAAGUCUUGUCCAUCGUCGUACGAAUAAACCAGCUUCAAACAUGGUUUGCGCCCUCCAAAGUCUCAAUGCGAUGCGUCUCGCAUUGGCCAAAGAAGAAGAACAGUCUUUGCGGAAGUCGGCAUCAGCCAUGGCAACAUCAAACAUCAUACCUAACACCCAACGAACUUAUAGUUCACUUCAUUCCUUACAGGCCACUUGGCAUACAGAAGCUGAAGCAGACUUCAUACGCCCGUCCGCCUCCAUUAUAGCCCGACAGACGAACGACUCAGGUCUGGCUUAUGCUCGAAUCGUCAAGUAG